ACUGUAAUGAUCUCACUCAGAGGCGGUACCAGUUUGGGCAAUCUAUUGCGGUUUGCCAUAGCCGUUGAAAAAGUGGUUAAUUUAAAAUGUGUACGUGAUUUUUCAUCAGGAACAAUUAUUGCAAAAAGUACAGACUCGGCUCCGAAGGCUCGAGUUAAAUGGUAUUAUGCUACUGAUGUUCCUAUAAGUAAACCAGAAUGGUUCAAUUACCAACGAGAAAAGGAGCCAGAGAAGUUUCUUCCCUUUUCGGAUUAUGACUCAUCUAAGUUGGAGAAUGAGUAUCAGAAGCUGUUGGCGGAAAGAGAUGAACUGAAACUGAAAGUGAAACUAGAACUGGAACUGGAACUGGCACUGGAACACAAUGAGUUGGUUGAAGUUAAUGAGGAUAAAUUGUUUCAAGUCAAUCUCGUUGAGUUUACAUUGUCGCCAGUAUAUUGGGAUGGUCCAAUUUAUGAGGUUAGGAGAGGAACAUGGUUUGGAACUGAUGGAAUUCCGUUGCCUAUGAACGUAUCUCAACUUAUCGAGAAGGGUUAUAGAGAUAUGAAGCCGUAUUUAUUUGAAAAACACGAGGCCGAGAAGCCUAACAAGGAAGUACUCACUGAGUUUAAUAAGUUGAAAGAUCAAAUUCGAGAAGAUUUUGCUGCCGAAGUUGACAUUUCUCAAGAGAAUGACCUACUUGAUCUUCAGAAUGGGAAUUGGGUACUCUUCUACGAUGAUAAGGAUGCUGUGAUGUUCCCUGCCACUAUGAAUUCCAAAUAUCAGGUGGGUGUCAUUCGGAAAUUCGGUCCCAGUCCUAUAUCACUUAUAUCUGUUACUCCUAUUAAACGAGGAUACACGGACGAUUUAGGAGAAUCUAUCAUUGAUAAGAUAUCAUCGAAUGUUCCCAGCUUGACUGACACAUUCCAAACAGAAUUCCAAGGCAUAUUUCUGAAGGCAUCAACUUCAGAAUUGCCCUCAGAUGAUAAAGUUAACCGUGAACAUAAAGGUCAAUUGGAAACUGAUUAUGAUCAUGAUACAUCAGGCAAGUCUUCUAAUAGAGAAAUCGAUCAUUUAAUCCUUUGCAUUCAUGGUAUUGGCCAGGUCCUUGGUCCCAAAUAUGAAUCGGUCAACUUCACCCACAGUAUUAACGUGUUACGUCAUACUAUGAAAUCUGUAUUUCAAUCCGAUGACUCCUACCAAAAGCUCGCCUAUCCUAAUGGAUCAGACCCUGAUAUGACUAACAAUAGAAUUCAGGUAUUACCAAUAUCUUGGAGACACAAGGUAGAUUUCCAUCCCAAUAAGCCAUUUAAAGUGCUUGACAAACAGGGAAAUCCCAAGCUCCCUACAUUAUCCCAAAUCAAUGUGGAUGGUGUCAAAUCAUUAAGAAAUAUGGUAGGUGAUGUCGCCCUAGAUAUCUUGUUAUACUACGAACCACAUUAUGCUGCACAAAUCUUUGAAGCUGUUAUAUCAGAACUAAACAGAGUGUAUAAGCUCUACAAGAAGAGAAAUCCGAAUUUCAAGGGUAAAGUUCAUAUCUUAGGCCAUUCUUUAGGCUCCGCCAUAUCCUUUGAUAUUGUUUCCAAGCAAUCGGUUAACCUGGACAGUGAUAUAGAUGUUUCAGGAAAAUUAGACUUUGAUGUUGAGAACCUAUUCUGUGUUGGAUGCCCUGUUGGUGUAUUCAAACUUUUGGAACAGAAGAAUAUUGUAGCUCCAUCUCUUCUUAAUAAGAAGGAUCAUGAGAGUUAUGCUUCUCCAACAUGUACUAAUCUUUACAAUAUCUUUCAUCCCUGUGACCCAAUUGGUUAUCGAAUGGAACCAUUAGUAUCACCACAAUUUGCUCAAUACAAGGCAGAACCUGUAGGAUUUGCAGUGAAGGGAUUCAAUACUCAAAUCAAAGAAUUGGCCAGUAUCAGUGAUGGAAUAUCCGAGAAGAUAUAUAAGGCAUCUGGUUGGUUUAGUCGUAAAGAUGACAAGACGACUAAUGAGAAUGCCCUCCGAGACAUUGUGACUUCAGUAUCGUUUGGAGAUCGAAAGAAGCCAGAGAAUAAGCACAAGUCCCAGAAAGUAGAACUCAGUGGACCCCAAUUACAGCAACUAACGGAGCUCAAUCGAACUGGAAGAGUAGACUAUUGUCUACCCAUGGGAGUGUUUGAUUUCUCACUUAUAUCUGCUGUCAGUGCGCACAUUUCUUACUUUGAAGAUAUGGAUACUGCUGGUUUCAUCCUUCGAGAAGUCUUAUCGGUGGAUAAGGCUAAGGUGCACAGUAAAAUAUUUAUGACUGUUAAUUAAUGAUUUAUAUACUAUACUACUAA